UCUUAAAUCCAAGGCGGAGAAGAAGAAUCAAACAACGAAAGCAGAGAGAAAAUUACCGUCGUCUGUUUGUUCUUUGUUUCGCACCUAUACACAUUACACAUACACCCCACACAACCUGUAUUUCUAUACACACACACAUGCAGAUAUACAUUUGAUAUGUAUAAUUGAAUUUCGGAUUCAAAUCUUAGGGUGUUGAUCAAGCCUUCUUUGUUUUAAUCGGACUGCUUAUCUGGUUUUUAACAUUCUCCCGGAAUUUAUAUCCCUCCAAUUUGGCCGGGGUAGAUCGGGCUAGGGUUUAUUGUUCUGCUUCUUGGCUGAUUAAUUGCGAAGAUAUAGAGAAUGGCGCAAGCAGUGGAAGAGUGGUACAAGCAGAUGCCUAUCAUUACGCGUUCGUACCUCACAGCUGCCAUCGUCACCACCAUCGGUUGCUCUCUCGAUAUAAUAUCACCAUAUGAUCUUUAUUUGAACCCGAAGCUUGUGGUGAAGCAAUACCAAAUCUGGCGCGUCAUUACCAAUUUUCUGUAUUUCCGCAAGAUGGAUCUGGACUUCUUGUUUCACAUGUUCUUUCUAGCUCGAUACUGCAAGCUUCUUGAAGAGAACUCCUUUCGGGGGAGGACUGCUGAUUUCUUCUACAUGUUGUUGUUUGGUGCAACUGUUUUAACUGGGACAGUACUCCUUGGAGGAAUGAUCCCUUAUGUCUCAGCAUCAUUUGCUAAGAUAAUAUUCCUUAGCAAUUCCUUAACCUUUAUGAUGGUAUACGUGUGGAGCAAGCAGAACCCAUUCAUUCAUAUGAGCUUUCUGGGCCUUUUUACUUUCACAGCUGCCUAUCUGCCAUGGGUGCUUCUUGGAUUUUCUGUCCUUGUUGGUGCAAGUGCUUGGGUGGAUCUUCUGGGAAUGAUAGCAGGCCAUGCUUACUACUUCCUUGAAGAUGUAUAUCCAAGAAUGACAGGCCGCCGACCCCUGAGAACUCCUGCAAUUAUACGUUCAUUAUUUGCUGAUGAACCUGUGGUGGCGGUCAGGCCUGCCGCUGUGAGAUUUGCUGCUCCAGCAAUGGAAGAAGCUCCACCUCGAUGAAGUUCUGGCGCUAUGGGAUGUCUAAUGUUGAUCAAUGUAUCAACCUUGGUCGAGGAUCAAUUUUGGAUUCCUUGUCAAUAGUGUCAAGGACAAUUGGUUCUCUCACAGUUAGCGUGUUAAUUACAUUGGCGACCCUUCUCAGUUAGCAAAUUAUCCCUGGCUGUAUAAAGUUGUUUGAGUUUUUAAGGAUACUGUGUUUUCAAAACGAUCGAGUUUUCGGGAAUUAUUAUAAUUUAUGAAUUUACUUGCAA